AUGGUCUUGGUAGCUCUUAUCACAGGGGGAACUAGUGGCAUCGGCCUCGACGUCGCUCAACAACUCGACGUGACAGGCCUCUGGAAAAUUCACAUCAUCGGUAGCAACUUGAAACGUGGCAAGGAGGCCGCUGCCUCGCUUAAAAAUACCACAUUUCACCAGACUGAUGUGACAAGUUACGAGCAGCAGGGCGCUACGUUUCAUAAGAUCUUCAAUGAGGAAAAGAGAUUGGAUUUUGUCUUUGCGAAUGCCGGAGUCGCAGAAGACACGGUAUUCUUUUCCCGGCAUGAUACUGGAAUUCCGCCACGGCCUGAUAUAGCUGGAUUAACGGAUAUUAACUUGAUCGGUGCGAUUUAUACGAGUUACCUCGCCAUGCACUAUUUUCGCCGAUCGCCGGAGAAGACGGUGGGAAAAAGGAAUUUGGUUAUUAUGUCAAGCAUUGGCGGAUUAUAUCCAUGCAUGCAUACCCCGGUAUACUCAGCGACAAAACAUGCUCUGGUUGGAUUUACGCGCUCAGUGGGUAAACAACUGUGGAACGAGGGUGUGAAAGUGAACGCGAUUUGCCCAGGAGUGGUCCUCACGCCACUGCUAACACCAGAGCUGAAGGCCUACUUUUCAGAGAAUGUCCUGCUCACCAUGAGUGAUGUGACCAAUGUGAUAUUAAAGCUGAUCUCGGAGGAAGAAGUGACUGAUUCAAAGGGGACAUUUGUGCCAGGUGAUCAGCUUCAUUCGCAAGCAAUCCUAGUGUCGGGUGAGAAAUAUUACUGUGUUGAUAUGCCGGAAUAUUUUGAUGAGGAGACACAAUUAACCCAUAAGCAUAUGAUGGGUUGA